UCAAGUGCGGCGUACAGAGAAGGCUUGCGUUGAUACCACCGGCGGAGCAGGAGCAGCUGCGUACCCGGAGAGAAGCUUCUCCUCCCUUCUGCCGGCAAUUCUCUACGCGACCGGGUUUUUUUUUCUUUUCAAUUUGCUUAUCUUUGGAAGAUCGGGUUUUUUUUUUAAAAAAGAGCUUCCUCUCUUCCCCCCUUCUUUCUCCCUCCCUCCCUUCUCUUUACACACACGCACAAAUCCCUCUGAUUGUUCCUACCACCUCCUUGGCGAGUUACCGACAACGACAGCCAUUCAAUCAGCUGCUUGCUUGCUGCUGGCUGUAGGGACUCGCGGACGCGGUGUGUGUGUGUACGCCUUGCCUUGCCUUUUUUCCUGAUCUCCGAAGAAAAGACUCCAAUGUAGCUCUCCCCCCUCCUUCAUUUUCCCUGUGGUCUUUUUAUGGUUCGAUCCAAGGAACUAGAGAAGGAAGAAAAGAAGAAGAGGCGGCUUGAGGAUUGAUCCUCUGCCAUUUGGGGCUGCUGUGUUUGAAAGGGAAACUCUCGCCCAUUAGGGGUGAGAGGAGGAGGAUAUAGACAGGGGGAGGAAAUUUGGGGCCGGAUGAAAAUGUUGAAUCCUGCAAACGGAGAGCAGCUUCAUCUAGCGAACUAUGUGGAGGAUUACCUGGACUCCAUCGAAUCCCUGCCCUUCGAUCUGCAGAGAAAUGUCUCCCUGAUGAGGGAAAUCGACGCCAAAUAUCAAGGAAGCGUGAGAUGCCCCGAUAUUUUAAAGGAGCUGGAUGAUUAUUACGAAAAAUUCAAACGAGAGACUGAUGCAGUACAGAAGAGGAGGGUAUUGCACGGCAUACAGAGAGCAUUGAUCCGGAGCCAAGAACUAGGAGAUGAAAAGAUCCAGAUCGUCAGUCAGAUGGUAGAACUUGUUGAGAAUAGAACUAGGCAAGUUGACAGUCAUGUAGAACUGUUUGAAAACUGCCAAGAAAUUAACGACUCUACUGGAAACAGUGGCAAAACAAACCAAGACAAGUCAAAGAACGAGACAAUCAGUCAGGCAGAGAAGCCCAACAACAAGCGCUCCAGGCGGCAAAGAAAUAAUGAAAAUCGAGAGAACGCUUCUAAUAACCAUGAUCAUGAUGAUAUCACUUCAGGAACUCCAAAAGAGAAGAAGGCAAAAACUUCCAAGAAAAAGAAGAGGUCCAAAGCCAAAGCAGAGAGAGAAGCAUCUCCAGCAGAUCUCCCUAUUGAUCCCAAUGAGCCAACUUACUGUCUGUGUAAUCAGGUCUCCUAUGGAGAAAUGAUUGGGUGUGACAAUGAUGAAUGCCCGAUUGAAUGGUUUCACUUCUCAUGUGUGGGACUCAAUCAUAAACCAAAGGGCAAGUGGUACUGCCCCAAAUGUAGAGGAGAAAAUGAGAAAACAAUGGACAAGGCACUAGAAAAGUCUAAAAAAGAAAGGGCCUACAACAGGUAGUUUCUAAAUCUAAGGAAAAUAUAGCUGUGGGUUCGUGUAAUUUAUUCUCUCUUUUGUUGAGGUGCAAGAAUUGUAAAAUGUAUAUUUUUAAAGAAGGUUAUGCAUCAAACCAUUCUUGCAACAGGGAUGGCAUUAUAAGAAAUGUUUGGGUUUUUUCCUUGAUACAGCUGUUAACAGGAAAAGAGUCUGUGAGCCAAAAAACAUAUAAUAAAGUAAUAGAGUUAACAUUGUAAUAUCCAGGCUCAUCUUAUGGAAAAAUAUGGUUUCAAGAGUUGGUAAGACUCUGUCCAUUAAAAUGUAGAUAAUAAGCAUGUCUUGGAUAGCAUUCCGUUUUUCUCAGAGAGGAAUGCUAUUUAUCUUUCCAGAAAAUGUCAACAUUCAGUUUGAAUAAAACAGAACAUUGGAAAAGGAUUCUAAAUGCAUUGGCUAUAAUCUAACACAGAGUGAAACACUCUUAAACUCAUUUGAUUUCAGUGGGAUUAAGAGAGCACGCACGCACUUAACUCCUAGUUGACAUGGUUCAAUCAGAGUUGCUUCCAAGAAAGUGGUUUAGGAUUAUAGCCUUGCGCCCCAUUUUCAACAGGUCCAUUGCUUUUAAUGGAACGUUUCUAAGGGAUAUGUUUGGGACCAGGGUGCUAGUUUUGUUUGGUGAUUAUCAAUGCAAUAGCAAAGAGGAAGGUUAUGGUAUAGCACUUGUUCAACACAUCGUUCUAGCAAGUCAAUAUCAGAAGUUUAACUACAAGCUUAUUUUUAAAGAUGCAAAUGGUUAAAUUUUACACAGCAUAUUUUAUAUACUGGCCAAGUACCACAAGGGCCUUUUAAAAAUGGUUUAGUAUAUUUUGUAUUUAACCAGGAAGUGGUUUAGUAACAAACCUUAUCAUAAACCAACCUUUAUACUGUCCUCAGAUAAUAGUGUAGCAGUCUUUACUUUGUAUAAGUUGUAAAAAUGUACAUUUUCAAGUGGAGUGGCACUUAACUGUAUUAUAAUUGGAAAUGCAUCCCCAUGCCAUGGUGUAGCCAAUAUGCAUUUCUUUCUGUAUGUAUGAAAGUUGUACAGCUGUGAUAUUAAGGAAUAAAUUAAACAAGUUGGA